AUGCAGGGCUCUAAUUUCAAAUUCACGAGCAAUAUAUACUCCCGAGGAGGAAAUGAUCCGAGGAGGGCAAUGUCAAGCAAUUCUGCAGCUGCCAUGGAAGUAGCAAAAUUUUGGUGUAAAGCAAAGGAUGAAGAAGAAGAAGAAGCCAAAGAUGAAAGGCCAGUUACCGUUAAUGCCCAUUCUCGAGACCAUCUUCAAGAAAUGUGGAAUAGUAUGAAACUUCAGAAGAAGCCUCCAAAGAGCAGCUAUGGAGAAGUUUUUCGGGAAACUCCAGAGCUAAAAGAAGAGCGUGAGAGCUCAGAUAAUAUUCAUCACAAGAAAAAAGACUGGCUUAAAGACUAUUUUGAAUGUGUGCAUAGACAUAAAUACUUCGUAAGGUAA